UCCAGAGACAACACACACAACCAGGGACAGAAGCAUCUUCAGUUCCAGACCUUCCUCAUCUCCUUCUGCAGGACCAGGUUGUCGUGUUGCUUGUGUUCCUCCGAGACCAUGUGGAGCGCCGUGUUCUGCUUCUCGUUCAUCUCAGCGGCUUCAGCUGCACCGCUCUCCAAUUUCUACAGUUUCCUGCCGCAUUAUGGGAACCAGAUGGCCAAUCAGGCUGUGAACGACAUGUUCUCACCGUCACACCUCCAGGCUGGAGUGACCACGCCCAUCAGCAUGGAGAUUCUGCUUCCACCAAGAGGACAAGGAGCCGGAGCUGGGACGGGCAGCAUGUUUCCCGGCCUGCCAGCGCAUCUUCAGCCUGGACCUAACGCUCCCAUCAGCAUCGAGAUCAUUCAUCCUGGUUUCCAGGGAACUGCAGCAGGAGGACAAGGAUCUGGAACUGCUUUUAUCAAGUACUCUCUCCCCAAGGCUCCUGGCAGAAAGAGUAUAGAAAUCUAUUAUCCCUACAACUACAGACAGGGCGAGGUGUUGCCAAACGUGAUGCCGCAAAUCCCCAACAUUUUCCCUUUUGGUUAUCCGACACAAACUGGCCCUCAGCAGCAGCCACCCAGGCAGGCUGCUCCUCCUCAGGCCAACGAUCCCCUGGUCUUCAACUAUCCACCCCAAACUGCCCCCCAGCAGCAGCCCCCCACGGCGAAUGAUCCUCAACAGCAGCAGAUUCAACACGACCCACAAGUCCCGGCAGGCCAGCCAUAAAGAGGAAGGAGCUUUUCUGCUGAGAUCCUGAAGGAGGGAGAUGUUCCUACAACCCAAGCAGAGCUUGGAGAUAUUUUGCUGACGUAAUAGUAUUUAGUCAUUGAUGAAUGAAGCUCGAGUAAACGUUAGUUUUGUAGAAAAUCCUGAUUCUAAUUCAGAUAUAACUGACCAUCAUGUACUGUCAUAACACAUUUAAAGUCAUAAUACGGUGUAUGUUUGAUUAUGUAACACCCGUCUACACUUCGCUUUGUCUCUGAUGGAUGUUGGAUGUGUGUGAAUAGAGUUUCAGUUCUUUAAAUAAAGUAAAAUAUAUGCUUUCA